AUUUUUCUCUCCCCUCCAGCCCACUGCUGCGUGGCGACGAGCUCGUUGCUCCCCGCCGGCGUCUGCGCUGCCUCCCGCCGGUCGAACCGUGCCUCUGCUGCUCCUACCGGAGGCGUCUCAGGCGCUCGUCGUUAUCAUCCGUCGAAAUCUCAAGAGGAGCAGAGGUAGGCGGAGAUCGGCAAGGGAGCACCUCGCUGUGAUUUCAUGGCCAUUCCUUGCGAUUCCCGGCGAUUCACGGCGGCUACUGCGGAAAGGUCAUCUAUACAUUGAAUGAGAUUUCGGGUCAUCAAAGAUAGUUCACGAGCAGAGCACCAGCCUUGUCAGGUACCGAUGCUGACUCGGUGAGGAACCACAUUCAGAAGUUAGUUUAUGAACAGAGCACUAGCGAUGUCAGGUAUGGAUGGUAUGGAACCACCUUCAGAGGUUUCUGCUGAUCCAUCACGUUCACAGAACAUCAUUGACGAGGAUGAUGAUUGGGUGAUAGUCAAGAAACAGCGGGUCACCAUAUUGAUCCCUCCACUAUCACCUGCAGCUGCAAGCCCUCAAGCUGGUACACUCAAAAUAAGUUCCAGACUAACUAGCCUACCAAGAAUGAGCAGGAGGAACUACCAUGCCGCCACAAAAAAACAGGUUACUAUGAAGAAAUUUCAGGAGUCCUCUCUUGAGGUCCUCGGAGUUGAUGGCAGAAUGAAGACAGCUCAAACCCAUCCUUCUGAAAAUAUUGUCAAUCAAGAUUAUGCAAUGAUGAGGGGACAAUCGUCACGAAGUCCUGCUGCCCCUGUUGUAAAGUCUGACUGGACUAAACAUGCAGAUCAUGCUGUUAAAGGACUGUCUCAUCAGGCUGCUGAGAUAGCAACAAGUUCACUUCAAAACACAUAUGAGCUCGGGCUGCCAAUUAUAUCUUCACCUCUCACAAAUAAGGUAUUGCGAGCACGGCUUCUUCAGAGACGGGUUGUUCAGUUUGGUGGCCUGAGGAAUUGGCUUUUGACUUGUGGUCUUGGAUGGUUUAUCAGUAUAUUGGAUAAUGAAGAGAUGGGGAUGUAUCAGAUAGUCUCUCUUACAAUGAACAAGCUGAAAGAGAUGGGUCUUAUCGCCGUAGGACCACGGAGAAAAUUAAUUCAUGCUAUUGACAGCCUCUGCAAGCCCCGCCAGUUUGAGAUGUUUUCAUGAUCUCAAGUGUUUUCAGCUGGUUAUAUGUUUUGAUGGUAAUCAGUUCAAUGACUGCAGCCGUAUGCAAAUCUAUUGAAUGGUUCAGUGUUUUGUUGCAACCUAGAUCACAAGAUGCAACUAAUGCAAAAGGAAAAUUAGAACCUGCACUAUGAAAUGAUCCAUUAUAAGAACAUUUCACUACAAGCAGUUGAUGUCCUGUAAAUGAAGAUAUGGGGUGGCAUGUAAAAAGACUUCCUUUCUCUUGCAUAUAUGUUUUUUGCUCUCUUUUGUGUC